AUGGCUCCAACCACUUCUCCCCUCCGCAACGGCUUGACGCGCCAGCAAAUCGAAGCCAGAAAGAACGGCAUUAACAAACCAAUCACCACGAAGCAGCCACUCCGUCGGCAUCGCUCUCCUUCUGCUCCCCUUCGUGCCAGUCUUCCAUCUCUACCCAAGCCUCUGGCUGGUCCAGAUCAGGUCGCCGUGUGGGAUGGAACCCGCUGGGGACUUCGUCCAAAGGCGAAGAAGGCCGGAUCCUCUUCGUCUUCUUCCUCCUCAUCUUUGGCCUCCCUCUCCGGCUCGUCACGCUCUUCUCCUUCUCCUUUCUCCAGCAACAGCAGCAUCAACAGCAGCAACAAAGAGAACAACCUCGCUGCAGAGAUCGAAGAGCUGGAAGCCCUCCUCGGCGGCGAUUUCGACCCAGAAGCGGUCAACAUCUGUCCUCCUUCUCCUCCCACCACCACCAAGAAAGCACCACGAAUCAAGAAGGUGCUCGUCGCUGCUCCGGCAGUAAGCAAGCCUCGCGCCAAAAUCGUGCCUCGAGCAUCGCUUCCAACUGCGUCCAAGUCCACAAAACCAGUCACAGCAGAGGCGGCAGCAACAAAGAUCGCGGUGGAGUACAAUCCGCUGCUCGAGGCGAUGAAUCCGAGGAAGCUAGAGGAGAAGCGGUUGGCGGAGGAGGCGAAAGCGAGGGUGUUGUCGGAUAAGAUGUAUUGGGCGAACAAGGCGAUGGCAUAUGGGAAGGAGGAGAAGAAGAAGGGGAGGAGGGCAUGA